AUGUGGGAUGCAAGCACCAUAGAGGUGUUACUUAAAGAAUGCAUGGAGCAAAUCUACUGGAAAAAUCAUCAAGGAAUAUCAUUCUCAAAGCUUGAGUGGAACAACAUCCACUCUGCAUUCAAUGCAAAAACAGGAAAAUCGUAUGAGAGGAAGCAAUUGAAAAAUAGGCUCAAUAGCUUGAGGAAGGAUUGGAAGAUAUGGGUUGAUUUAACCAAAGAGACUAGUGUGGGUUGGCACCCUACAAGCAAUACAGUGGUGGCAACAAAUGAGUGGUGGAAGAAGAAACUAGAGAAUCCCCAGUAUGAAAAGUUUAGGUACUAG